AUGCAGCUGAGGUGGCCUGGAGGGGGCAAGAUGUGGCUUGGAGUCCUGCUGGCACUUUUGCUCUGUUCAAGCCUUGAGAGUCAAGAAAACUCUUUCACCAUCAACAGCAUCCGCAUGGAGAGCCAACCAAUGUGGACAGUGCAAAACGGGUGGAACCUGACCCUCCAGUGCAUUGUGGACAUCAGCACCACCUCACAAGUCAAGCCACAGCACCUGGUGCUGUUCUACAAAGAUGAUGUGAUGUUCUACAAUGUCUCCUCCACGGAGAACAUGGAGAGUUUCUUCAUUCCCCAAGCCAGGGCUUCUGACUCGGGGAAAUACAAGUGCACUGUGCUCCUGAACAACAAGGAGAAAACCACUCCGGAGCACGAACUGCUGGUGAAAGGAGUAGCCAAUCCCAGGGUGAUGCUGGACAAGAAGGAGGUCAUAGAAGGCGGGGUUGUGACGGUCAAUUGUUCUGUUGAAGAGGAAAAGGCCCCAAUAUAUUUCAAAAUUGAAAAAUUUUCACUAGAAACAAAAAGUGUCAAACAAACAAGACAGAAGACUUCUCACAACCAAAAUUUUGUGACGAUCGACUUUCCAAUUGAGGAACAGGACCAUAUUUUAAAAUUCCACUGCCAAGCUAUGGUCGUCUCCGGGCUUCAGAUGGAGUACUCAGAAUUCACCAAGAGUGAAUUGGUCACCGUGAGGGAAUCCUUCUCUACUCCCAAGUUCCACAUCAGUCCUGCAGGGUUGAUCACAGAAGGCGAUCAGCUCCACAUUAAGUGCACCAUUCAGGUGACACACCUGGCCCAGGCAUUUCCCGAAAUCAUAAUCCAGAAGGACAAGGUGAUUGUGGCACACAACAGACAUGGCAGUGAGGCUGUCUACUCUGUGAUGGCCAUGGUGGAACACAAUGGCAACUACACAUGCAAAGUAGAGGCCAGCCGGAUAUCCAAGGUCAGCAGCAUCGUGGUCAACAUAACAGAGCUGUUUUCCAAGCCAAAGCUGGAAUCUUCUGCCACACGUCUGGAUGAGGGUGAAAACCUAAGCCUAUGGUGCAUCAUCCCAGGGGCACCACCAGCCAACUUCACCAUCCAGAAGGGAAACAUGACUGUGACGGAGGCUCAGAAUUUCACCAAGGUCGUCUCAGAAAGAGACAGUGGGACAUAUACCUGCACUGCAGGCAUAGGCAAUGUGGUCAAGAGAAGUAACAAGGUCCAGAUCACCGUGUGUGAAAUGCUGUCCAAGCCCCGGAUUUUUCACGACACCAGAUCUGAGGUGAUAAAAGGACAGAUCAUAGCGAUCAGUUGCCAAUCAAUCAAUGGAACCUCACCUAUUUCUUAUCACCUUUUAAAAGCAAGUAAAAUUAUAGAGAGCCUUCAAAAGAGUUCAAAUGAUCCCGCAGUAUUCCAAGAUAACCCAACAAAAGACGUGGAAUACCAGUGUAUUGUGGAUAAUUGCCACUCUCAUGCUGAAAUGAUCAGCGAGGUCCUGAGGGUCAAGGUUAUAGCCCCAGUUGAUGAGGUCAAGCUGACUAUCCUGUUGAAUGAGGACGUGGAGUCUGGGAAGGCAAUUGUGCUUCGGUGCUCUGUGAAUGAAGGGUCUGGUCCCAUCACCUAUAGGUUUUACAGAGAAAAUGAGGGCAAGCCCUUCUUUCAAAUCACUUUAAAUGACACUCAGGCAAUUUGGCAUAAGCCACAGGCUAGCAGGGAGGAGGAGGGACUGUAUUACUGCACAGCCUUCAACAGAGCCAACUCCACUAGAAGCGUUCCCCAAAGCAACACACUGACAGUCAGAGUCUUCCUUGCCCCAUGGAAGAAAGGACUUAUUGCAGUGGUUGUCAUCGGAGUGAUAAUUGCCACCUUGGUACUUGGGGCCAGAUGCUAUUUUCUGAAGAAAGCCAAGGGCAAACAGAUGCCAGUGGAGAUGUCCAGGUCAGUGGACUUGUAA